AGGUGGAUUGGCUUACUGAGAAGAUGAGGAGUAGCAAUUUCGUAGUUUCAUCAAUGCAUGGAGACAAACGUCAAAAGGAGAGAGAUGAAAUCAUGAACCAGUUUCGGUCAUUUAAAAGCCGUGUUUUAAUCGCCUCAGAUGUAUGGGCAAGAGGGAUCGACGUGCAAACAGUUUCUCAUGUCAUCAACUAUGAUAUACCCAACAACCCGGAGCUUUACAUUCAUCGUAUUGGACGAGCUGGUCGUUUUGGUCGUGAAGGUGUAGCCAUUAACUUUGUAAAAUCUUCGGACAAUAUCGAGAAGCAUUACGGUACUUUGCAAUAUUCUCCUGGUCGUUUUGAUCUUAAGGAUAUUGAGAAGCAUUACGGUACUAAAAUCCGCGAGAUGCCAGCUGAUCUUGUCUAAAAGA